AUGGACAGUGAAGUGAUUCCCAACGAUGAAUGUAAUGCCGAUAAUGCAACUUCACCAACUAUGGAUCCUGAGUUGGCGAAUGGUGAAGUUAUUCAGACGGAAAACAUUGAUGCGUCAAAGGUCCAUGAAAACGAUGGUUGCUCGUUUAUAGAAGACGAGAGAAAUGCAGUAAUUGCUGCUGCUGUUGCCGACUUUGACGCAGAUGACCAGUGCGAAGAGAAUGAUGGUGAUGAUGACACAGUCAAUGUAAUUAUAAAGCCUUCCAGUAAAACAGGGAUUUACAAAACCGGUGCAGCUUAUCAAGCGCGAUCAGUUGCUCACACAACCCAACAUCAGAAGGUCGCUCGUCAAGGUGUAGAAUUGGAUGAUCCAGGAAAUAUUAAUGGAAUCCCAACCGUCGAGUACAAUCUUUCCACAUUAGGAGAUGAAGAAAAACCAUGGAAGCGACCCGGAGCCGAUAUAACAGACUACUUUAAUUAUGGAUUUACUGAAGAGACGUGGAUUCAAUAUUGUGAGAAACAGAAAAUCUUGAGACAGGAAUAUGCUAACACAACACUGAAGCCUGUUUUAAGUAGUGGGGGUGCCAAUUUGUUACAGCGGAUUCGUUCUGGUACAGUUUCUUCCAAUACCCGCUCAUUCGAUGGUUCUAAACAAGCUAGUAUCAAUGUAAUAAAUCUGAGUGGUCCUGGAUUAAACACGCGAUAUUUAAAUUCUAUUUCCAGCUCUAAAUCCGGGAAUUCCCCAUCUGAUGUCUCAAAUCGUCUUUUAAAUGGAACCGCAAAUAAUUCUUCAAACUUACUCAGUCAAUUCAAUCAACCACCACCUGGCUAUUUAGGUGGAACUCAACAAACAAAUGGAAAUACAACUGGUACUGGUGUUUUUAACAUACCUCCUCCAGGUUUUGGAACAUUAACACCUGGAAACAAUUCACAAGUCUUAAAUGCUACAAAUCCCGCUGCUGCUGCCGCUGCUGCUUUAUUCCCUAACCUUGCAGUUCCUCCUCCUGUUGUGAACAAUCUAACCGGAUGGCCUACUGGAAAUAUGGCACUAUCGAGUCUAAUAGCGUCUGGUGAUGCCAUUAUUGAUCCUACUACUGGUCAAAUUAGUGGUAUAAUUGAUCAUGGAGAUCGUAGCCCAGGUUCAAUGUACUCUAAUGAAGAUCCUAUUUCGCGACGCGGAAGGCGUCAUUACCAUCCAGACGAAAUCGGUUAUUAUGAAAGAGAAGGCUAUCGAUCACGUCGUCGUAGUCGUUCAAGUAGCAGGGAACGUUAUCAUUCACGGCACCGUCGCCAUCGUGAUUCAUCAAGAUCUGGAAGAGAAUAUGAACACCGUAGAGGAACAUCACAUCAUUCUCGCCGUUCACGCGAGGACCGUUACUCUGGAGGGGUUGUUGGUGCAGAGGAACACGCUCCUACCGAAGCCCCCUCACCAAAUCUAUCUGGCGUUGGAUCACAUCGAAGCAGUGGGCGACGAAGUGAUCGCGAUCGACCUGGCCGAGAUCGAAGCCGUGAAAGAGAUCGUAGUAGGCAUCGAAGUGAACGUCGGGAUCAUGAACGGUCAGUUCGCCCUUCUAGACAAAGUGAUCGUCGUUCGUCGCGUCGUAAAGAGCAGCCUUCCCCACCAAGACCCGUUACUUCAGAUAAACAACCAACUACCAAACCUGAUCCUCUUUCGGCUGCCGCAGCAGCAGCUGCCAACAUUGCCGCCGCCUUGGGAGCUACAAGCUCCAGCGGCAAAGCUUCUUGA